AACAAUAGCCGGAUGGAGACCGAUUGAGAUCUGCAGCACUUGUAGAAAAAAAAACACGGGCAUUUAAAGAAAAAGGGGGGCAAAAAAAGAAAGAAGGAAAAAAACAGGUGGCAGAUCCGGCAACAGUUCGCGCUGUCCUGAUCAUCCUCUGCUACAAUAACAGGCUGCCAUCUGAGAAACGCUGAGAUACAGUGCGCAGGCUCUCCCAGCGCUGUUCUCCAGCAUCAAAACCCCAGAGCAACGCACAGUGGACGCUCGGCCCGACACCUUCCAGGUUCGAUUGUCAACGUGUAAACCCCAAAGACAAUUCUGGAAAUCAAUAUUCAAUCAACAUUCAGAGGCGACAGAGGAGAAAUUCUCCUGGAGAGAGGAAGAGAGAGAGCGCUCUUUUGGAACAUUAGUCAGUGGGAGAACUGCUGCUUUGUGUCUCUCAUUUUUCCUCUGCUGAACUCUCCUCAGAAGGUCAGAGGAGCAUGUAACUGAAACAAGUGGAGCCCUCGGUGAUUUCAGCAUUCUGUCUCCCCCAUCUGUGCCUACAUUCUCUGCUACAGAUAGGGACGUUUUUGAUAAUUACAUAUAAUUAUAAUUUCUGUGGGAGACAGAUCUGCUUCUGUCUAUUAUUGCCAACACCUCCAACACAAUAACUUCACACAUUUACAUAUUUCUCAACAAAAGUGAUAUUCUUUGAACCUUCUGAGACAAAUCAGGAAUAAUUUUACUUGGAGAGACAUGUCACACAAGCAAUGCGCCAUUCAGUUCAUGUCUAAUUAGUGAUACAGUUGAAUGACACAGGCGACUUUUUGUGCCUAAAAGCUGAAUACAGAACGUUUCAAUUCUGUGACGUUUGCCUCAUUUUGCAAUGUGUUUUACAGGCUGGGAGUCAUUUCCUUGGUUUAUGCUUACUCCUAAUUUUCAGAUGUUACAGUCUUUUAGCACUUAAGCUGAGCCUCCCUCAUUAUCACCCCCGGCCAAAUCACAGUAACAGUCCGUGCCAGGCAAGUACUGAUGCACAUUAAUCCCACCAUAGAAAGAUUGAGAUAAAGUACGUGGUGUGUCUAUAGAUGUGAUGAGUGCCUAAAACAAGUUAACAUGGAGAUAAGUCCCUGCUCCAGAGAAACUAGGCAUUAUUAAUAGGCGGUUUUCAUCAGUGGUGCAGUCAGUUAAUACAAUUUAAUUGUUUACAAUGCCAAAAAACACCAAAUAUAUGAAAAGAAUUAUAGAUUUCAUAAUUUUUUCCAGAAAAGAAUUGCUUACAGCUUAAAUAAGUGCCAGUUCUUAAUAUAUGUAGUGCCAGGCUGAAAUAGUCAUCCAGGAAUGAACAAAACAGAUUGUUUACAUCUGACAGAAUACGGGCCAUAGACUAUUGUUCAAGUGCCACGAUCAGCACAGGAAUGUAUGGGACUGCCAUAUUUUAUUGAAAAUACGUGCUACAAAUUUUUACUGGCCUUUGUGGUUACAGAAAAAUUAUUCCAUCCAGCAGUACGUCAGAUAUUUGUUCUUUUGUUCAGUGGCACAUGUAGAACAAGGCAUUUAGGACUAAAAGCAUGAAGAUUGUUGUUUUCAAUUUGUCCUUUUUACAAAGAUGCAUCCAUUUUAGUGUUCUAGACUUAAGAGGUGUCUUUGGAGGGCAAAAGAUGAAGUCAUUACGCAUUCAGAGUUUCUUUCUAGCAGUAAAUUAAAACCAUUUUAACACCAUUAUCAACAAUUAUUGAAACCUACCAACUGAUUUUAAUAGUGUUGGUCCUUUUCAUUUGUAUUGUUCCUGACUUUUUCGAUUAUUACACCAUAUAAAUACUCAGUUUCUACUGAAUGAAACUACUGAUACAUCAUCAAUAUCCAGUAGGUUGUACAUGCUACUUGAAUAUUUCACAUGCCAUUUUAGUGGGUUAAACUGCAAAAGCGGAUACAGUGUUGCAACUGCAUUGACUCAACAACAGAAAAUAGAUCUCUUAGUCAUGUAAAAAUGACGCCCACCACCAAUCUCAGAGUCCUCGCUGUCUCCCUUCUCUCCCUCCUUACUGCCCCACUUACCACUGUUGUGGAGACCUCUCCCUCCCCCCCUCCUCAACACACAGACCUCUCAGGGAGGCCGUUCACCGAGCAGCCCAAGACAGGCCCCAGCCCCUCUCUCCUGCUCCUUGCCAUGCAGGCCAAUAUCAGGCCAGCUGCUCUCCAGGGCAGGACCAAAACCCCUGAGAAACUUCCAGAAACCUCAGAGGGAGUUCUGGAAGUGCCUCCGAAACCCCUUCCCCAGGUCAUGUUCCCCAAGAAUGUGACGUCAGCGGAAGCCCUUGCACCUCCCUUAGGCGCUGCCCAGGUAGCGCCCAUUCCACCCCGCCUGAUGGAUGCUUGGAUGGAUGUAUGUCGGGGUUAUUAUGACGUAAUGGGACACUUUGACAGCGCUUUCAACUGCUCCAAGGACACCUUCGUCUUUUGCUGUGGAACCUGCCACUACCGCUUCUGUUGUCCAGAGCGAAGUCGGCAAUUGGAGCAGGACAGCUGUAAAAACUAUGACUCUCCACACUGGGCCAAGCCACAGACUGACUCUAUGAUCACAACAGAGGAAUUAGGUGACCCAGACCCAGACUUUGAUCCACUGAAGCAGCAGAGCCACAACACGGGCUUCGUCAUUGGAGGAGUUAUUGUGUUCAUGGUGGCUGUCGCUGUGGGCAUCAAGGUGGUCUUCAACAAGGUGCAACAGGAAGCCAACCAAAGGGACCUCAACAUGCCCAGAGCCCUGGUUGACAUGUUGCGGCACCAGUCGAGCCCGGUCCAGCAGGAUGAGAGAAACAACAGCGUGGCUCUGGCUGUAGGGGACGGACAGGGGACACUGGGGAGAGCUCCGAAAAAUCUUUAUGCCCCAGGACUGCCCAGCAAGGACAACAGAUUGGGCAAUUUGCAACACAAUUUCAUCCACUCAUCAGGCUCCAGCCCCAAACACACCGCAACUAUUGAACGCACCCCUCGAAUGAACAAUGCUCAGCUGGCAGCUGGAGGCACCCUGCUCUCCAGUAAACACAACAACACCAAAUCCCAGCCUGCCUUCCACCACUCCCUGCACAACCUGGCUCAGCUGCCGCCCUCCUAUGAGAGUGCCACCAAGCCUGAGCUCAACAGAUACUCCUCACUCAAACGCCUCGAGAAAGGUCUCGAUGAGUACUCGUCUGGUUACUGCACCACCAAGCGCCGGCCUCACACCGCCCAGCCGGCCCUCCAGUCCUCUCAGCACCACCUACACUGGGGUGGAGACUACACCCUCAGUGGGAGAGGAACCCUCCCCAGGCACGCAGUCCGUCCCUGGAUCCCGCCGCCGCCUUCUGGCAUGCCUGCCUCACCCACCCCCAAUCCUUACCCUCUGGAUCCCCCGGAGCCACAGUACAACCCCAAUUACGACACUCUCUCCAAGCCCCCGAGGAAAGUUAAGUCCACUGACCAGCUGCUCAACAUGGGUGAUGUCCCUGGCAACACGGGGACUCUGUCCAGGCUGUCCAAGAACCAGCAACACCAGUACUACAAAGCCAUGGCUGCCUCCAAUAAGAACUCCAACACGCAGACCCUCACCAGGAAGCCGCAGGACAGGAGAGAGGAGAGACAACAAGAACGGCUGCUCAUGUCCCCAGACCAUUUGGAGGAGAGAAUGGGGGUCGGUGGGAUGGGGGUUGUAGAUCCGUACGCCCACACAGGAGGGAUUGUCCCCACGCUGCCUCGCCAGCAGAAGGCCCAGUCCCAGCAGAACGUCUGCGCCACGCCGUCCCUCGACCGCCACCACAUGAUCAAGAUGAACUCUCACCCCACAUCCGGACGAGAGCAGGAGAGGAGCACGGGCAUGACGGGGCACAUGAGUGGGGGCAUGGGCUGGGCGGGGGAGAUGCCUGGGGCUGGGGUAGUCAUGGGAACGGGAACACUAGGGGGCCACAGCGCCAGGAGGAUGGCUUUUGCAGCGAAAAGGCAGAACACCAUUGAGCAGCUACAUUUCAUACCGGGAGGGGGUGGUGGGGGAUCAGGAGGAAGUGGAGGAGGGAGUCAGGGGAUCAGGACAGGGAGUAAAAAUGAGGUGACAGUGUGAGGUUUGUGCCUGUAGAGUUUACCCCUCAUCAAAGGUAUGGGAGUAGAUCACCCUUCUGCAUUUAACUAUUAGAUAUACAACUACAAAACAUAAAACUAGAAGUAUAAAGUAUAGUAACAGUAUAUAACGUGUUUAGGCUAUUCAAAUUAGUGUUAUCUUGUAAUAAAUAGCUUAAAUAUGAUUACUUAAUUAAAAAUCUAAGUGGGAAAUAUCUGUUCCAAUUAUGUGAUAGCCUACAUCAGCCAUAUUUUGUAACAAAAUUUGCCAUAUUGCCAUAUACAGCGGUGCCAUUAUUUGUAGAAAGACUGACUGGAAGGGUGAAACAAAACUAACAGAAGUGUUGUUCAUUAUUUUGUUUUUAUAUAUGUUUUUCAAAAAGUACUCAGGAGCCAUAUUAGAUAGGG